AUGUCGGAAACUAAACUCAGUAAACAUAUAGAUAAAGAUACUAAAACUAAAGGCAAAUAUACAUUAAAUGACUUUCAAAUCCUAAGAACAUUGGGAACAGGAUCUUUUGGAAGAGUUCAUUUAGCAAGGCUGAUUCAUAAUGGUAGAUUUUAUGCCAUGAAAACUUUAAAGAAAGAGCGAGUAGUCAAUAUGAAGCAAGUGGAACAUACGAACGAUGAAAGAAGAAUGUUAAAACUAGCUCAGCAUCCAUUCAUUAUACGAAUGUGGGGAACAUUUCAAGACUGUCAUAACUUGUUCAUGAUAAUGGAUUAUAUCGAAGGGGGUGAAUUAUUCUCCUUAUUAAGAAAAUCUCAAAGGUUCCCCAUACCGGUAGCAAAGUUUUAUGCUGCUGAAGUAUUUUUAGCAAUUGAAUAUUUACAUAAUUUGGACAUCAUAUAUCGAGAUUUAAAACCAGAAAACAUUCUUUUGGAUAAAAAUGGACACAUAAAGUUAACCGAUUUUGGUUUCGCAAAAGAAGUUAUCGACGUAACUUAUACUUUAUGUGGUACACCAGAUUAUAUUGCACCAGAGGUAGUGGCAACCAAACCUUAUAAUAAAUCAGUCGAUUGGUGGUCAUUUGGAAUACUUAUCUUUGAAAUGUUAACAGGUUACACUCCAUUUUACGAUCCAACUCCAAUGAAAACAUAUGAAAAUAUCUUAAAUGGUACUAUCACAUAUCCUGAUUAUUUACCUCCAGAUAUCUUGGAUUUGUUACAAAAGUUAAUUGUUAAAGAUUUAACAUCAAGAUUGGGUAAUUUACAAAAUGGUUCAGAUGAUGUUAAGAAUCAUCAAUGGUUUAAAGAAGUGAUUUGGGAAAGACUUUUAAGUAGGGAUAUUGAAACUCCUUAUGAACCUCCUAUAACUAGUGGUAUUGGAGAUACCAGUCAAUUCGAUAGAUAUCCUGAAGAUAAAGAUUUAGAUUAUGGGAUUUCGGGGGUUAAUGAUCCUUAUGGAAGUUUAUUCACAGAUUUUUAA